UCUUUCUUUCUUUCUUUUUUCUUUUCAUUUUUAUAUGUCUUAUAUUCAACGUCAAAGAACACGUUUAAGAAUGAUGAACAAGGCGAGUUCAGUAUCUUCUUCUUCAGACCUGAUUGUUCCUUCAAUAGAAGAAUCGUUACAGGAUUGGCUAUCGAGAGAUAAUUCUUGUACAUACUUGUUGGAUAUCUGUCGCUGCUGUAAUAAAUCAAAUUGUGACAAUUUACAAACAUUAAUCCUUGGUAUUCAAAAGUUGGAAGAAGACGCUCGACUGGCGGCAGAAAUCGGCCAAAGUCUGCUCAAUAAGCAUGAACAAUAUGUGAUUGAAUCAAAUGAGGUUAUAUCUGGCCUUGAAAGUCAGGUGCAAGAGUCUCAAGAGAAGAUACAUGAAUUAGAACAGUUAUUAAUACAAUCAGAUACAGUUAAAUAUGACCUAGAACAAGAAAAAAACAAAUUAAAUUGGGAAUGGCAAAAGACACAAAAAAUGCUGGAUGAUACUUUACUUGAUGUCGAAUCCUAUCAUCAACGUAUAAAUCAAUUGACUAGCGAACUCGAUUCAAAGACAAGAGAAAUUGAUAAAUUAAAGAAAAUAAUGGCCCAUCAAGCAGGUGCAAGAGAAGACCAUCUUCGGUUCGCUCUUGAAGACAUGAAACAAGAGUUAGCCAAUUCAAAAAAGGCUGAGCUUUGUUUGGAGUCAAAAUAUAAAAAGUUGAAAGAAAAAUAUGACCAACUUUAUGAAGAAAAGAAACAAUUAACAAAUGAUCAGGAACCAAGCGAGAGACUGCGUAAGGAUCCAAACAAGAUUACAGCAUCCUCUUUACUUCUCAACAAUAAUUCAUAUAUCCAUAGCCCUACCGAAUUAAUACCAUCUGAUUAUAAUAAUAAUAAUAAUCAUUAUGUCGAGCUCAUCAAGGAGCUUGUGUCAGCUAAUAACAAACUAAGAACAGAUCUACUCACAUGCAAGGAUUUACUAUCUGAAAGUCGUACGGAGGCAGUUGGUUUAAUUGCUAAAAUCGAACAAGACUAUAUCGAUGAUGAUGACACCACCAUGACUGAUCAACAAGAGAUCUGGCCACAGAGUAACAUCACCUGCGACACAGUAUCCUCAUCCGCAGUCGUUCAUCACCAUUACCAUUAUCACAUGCGAAACAAUAAAGGAAAACCUUCGUCUUUAUCAUCCAAUCAAACGCCAUGCCAACCUACAGAGAAUAGCACAGAGGCCAUGUCACCUUAUCGUCACUUGCAUCAUCAACUCUGUGUCCUGCUUGAACGGUUACAGCAAACAGAUACAAGGGCACUCAACCGAAAACUACGUCGAGCUUUUGAUAUCUUUGAUCUCAGCAGCAUGAGUAAUUCGAUCAUUGAAAACAUCUUGACGGCAGAAAUCAAUGAACUUGCCCAUGUGUUUCCUUGUCAUUCGAAGGAACAGGAUUUUUCUCUUCUUGUUCAGGUAGCACAGGACAUGCUCAAAGAGAUCGGUCAGCUUCGAACCAACAUUAAUGACCUUCAGGUGGAAUAUGUGAAGAAGGUGGAAGAGAUAGAUAACCGAUUAGAGCAAGAGUUGAUGAAGAAAAAGUACCAAAAGGAACAAGCAAAGAAAAAAAAUACGGCAUUAACUUGGCUAUCUAGCGUGUUUCAAAAGAGUACAGCAUCCUCCAACAACAAGAUCAUUCAGCAGCAUGAAAUCAUCAUUCAUCCUCCAGCUAUCAUCAUCCCUUCUCCUCCUUCAAACAAGAUCGAAGAAUAUCGUAAUGGUCCUGCAUCAAGUUACCCUAUUCGGUCAUCUUUGCCCUCAGCCAAAAGAAGAAAUAACUAUGCUUUACACGCUUCUCAAAGCGCUAUUUUGCCUGUUCAAAAAUCUGUUUAUGUAAAAAAGAGACGAUCUUCUGUUAUCAUAAGUUCUGGAGACGCAACUACUUGGCUUGGAAACAAAAUUAAUCAAUAAAAAUCAAGAGUAAAAAAGUGUAUAAGAUACAAACACAAUGGAGGUGACGUGGACCGAAUUUUUUUUUGUUGCAAAAAAUAAGGAGUAUUUUUUCUCUCUUUUUUUUUCUUUGACUUUUUCCUUUUUUUUUUUUUUU